CAUUAGUCACAGUUCAGUCGGCUCGAUCAAUCCCUAAUUUCAAUUCUUUUUACCUCUUCUGCUGCUGCUGCUGCUGCUGCCAAUACUGCUCCUGCUCCAAAUCUUCACCAAAAUCAACCUUCUUACUUUAAAUUUUCAGCAGUUAUAGCUUAACAGCAAAAGCACGACCUCUCCCUCCCUUCGCAAUGCACUGCUCAAUAUCCGGCGAGGUGCCGGAAGAGCCCGUUGUCUCGAAGAAGUCUGGACUUCUAUUUGAGAAGCGCUUAAUCGAACGGCACAUUUCCGAUUAUGGAAAAUGUCCAAUUACUUCCGAACCGCUCACGCUUGAUGAUAUUGUACCUAUGAAAGCAGGGAAGAUUGUGAAGCCAAGAACUAUACAGUCUGCUAGUAUUCCUGGGAUGCUCGGAAUGUUCCAGAAUGAAUGGGAUGGUCUGAUGCUAUCCAAUUUCGCAUUGGAGCAACAACUACAUACAGCAAGGCAAGAGCUAAGCCACGCAUUAUACCAGCAUGAUGCUGCUUGCCGUGUGAUUGCACGACUUAAAAAAGAAAGGGAUGAGGCAAGGUCAUUGCUUGCACAGGCCGAUAGGCAGAUACCUUUGUCAGUAACGGCAGCUGCCACAGAGAAUGCCUAUGCUGCUAGCAAUGGAAAAAGAGCUGCUGCGGACGAUGAUUUGGGCCCACCUGGAAAGAAAUUACGUCCUGGAAUUUCUGUCACAAUCAUUACUGAGCUAACGGACUGUAAUGCAGCUCUUUCACAACAGCGAAAGAGACGGCAGAUUCCUUCAACAUUGGCUCCUGUUGACGCCGUGGAGAGAUACACACAGCUUUCCAGUCAUCCCCUUCACAAAACUAACAAGCCAGGCAUUGUCUCAAUGGAUAUCCAGUAUUCCAAAGACAUAAUUGCUACUGGAGGGGUCGAUUCUACUGCAGUACUCUUUGAUCGACCGUCAGGGCAAAUCCUAUCUACACUCAGCGGACACUCCAAGAAGGUUACUAGUGUGAGAUUUGUAGCUGAGGGUGAUUUAUUUUUAACUGGGUCGGCAGACAAGACUGUUCGUGUAUGGCAAGGAUCUGAAGAUGGAAACUAUGACUGCAGGCACAUCUUGAAGGAUCAUACAGCUGAGGUGCAAGCUGUCACUGUCCAUGCCACAAACAACUACUUCGUGACUGCUUCUCUUGAUAGUACAUGGUGCUUUUAUGAUAUCUCUUCUGGCUUAUGCUUGGCACAGGUUGCUGAUAGUUCGAAAUCAGACACAGACAGCUCUUCACCUGAAGGCUAUACAUCUGCAGCUUUUCAUCCUGAUGGUCUUAUCCUUGGAACAGGCACCUCAGAUGCUGUUGUUAAAAUUUGGGAUGUAAAAAGCCAGGCAAAUGUUGCAAAAUUUGAAGGGCAUGUUGGGCCAGUGACUGCCAUAUCUUUCUCAGAAAAUGGUUACUUCCUAGCAACUGCAGCAUAUGAUAGUGUUAAAUUAUGGGAUCUGCGCAAAUUGAAGAACUUCCGGACACUCAAUCUAUAUGAUUCAGACACACCAACAAACUCCGUUGAGUUCGACCACAGUGGAUGUUACCUUGGAGUUGCAGGCUCAGAUAUAAGGGUUUUCCAAGUUGCUAGUGUUAAAGCAGAUUGGAAUUGUGUGAAAACUCUUCCUGAUUUAUCUGGCACAGGAAAAGCAACUUGCGUGAAAUUUGGUCCUGAUGCAAAAUACAUAGCAGUAGGUUCAAUGGAUCGCAACCUCCGGAUAUUUGGUCUUCCUGCUGAUGAAGGUCAGCUGGAGUCAUGAAGUGCCUGCAACAUGGCGUGAUUUGGGAAGUGGGCCUCGCGAUGUUCCUUGCAGUUAUUCUUAACAGCUUCAGUUUACUGAUAGAGUGAAUGGUAGAACUUGAGUCCAUAUCAAAGUGAAAGUAUUGGCUCAUAUUCAAUUUUCUAUUCUAUGGAGCCAUGUGCCUAGGUGUGGGGUCACCUGAGAUUGAGCAAAGUGAAAUUGAAUCACUAGUCGGUCUUUUUGUAUUAAAUAUCUUUGGAACAUAGACAUUGCAUUUAAUUACACCAUGAGAUUUUGCUUUAGAUGAAGAGCGCUUGCUACUAAAAUUGAUAAUCUUCUGAGAUUUGUAAUGUGUAUCUACUGUAAAAUGUAUCCUUAUUUUCACUGUUACGUUA